UUGUAAUUGUUGUUUUCUUUAAAACCCAACCCUAUUACCAUUCAUUUUCCUUUCUUCUUCUCCUUCUCUGUCUUUGUCUCUCACUCUCCUUCUCUCUGCUAAGCUACUUGGACCAUAGACCAGCUGAGAGAGAGAGAGAGAACAAAGAGUAAAGAGACAGAGAAUUAAAAUCAACUUAGGCUAUACUAUACUUUUUCAUAUGGCUCAACAAAGUAACAGUGGCGAUCUGAAUCAGCAUCCUCAGCAGCAACAGCAGCAGCAUCAGCAGCAACAGCCAUGGGCGCAGCCGCAUCAGUAUCAACAACAAUGGAUGUCUAUGCAGUAUCCUGCUACUGCUAUGGCUAUGAUGCAGCAACAGAUGAUGAUGUAUCCUCAGCAUUACAUGCCGUAUGUUCAUCCUCAUCAUUAUCAGCCGCCACAUCAGCAACAGCCUUCGCCGCCUCCUCAGAGUCAUCAUAACCACCAUCAUCACCAGCAGCAGCAGAAACAAGUCUCUCCCGAUGAGAUCAAGACGAUCUGGCUUGGUGACCUUCACCAUUGGAUGGACGAAACUUUUCUUCAUAACUGCUUUGCUCACACCGGCGAGGUUGUAUCGGCCAAGGUCAUACGUAAUAAGCAAACUGGUCAGUCGGAGGGAUAUGGAUUUAUUGAGUUCUAUUCGCGGGCGACGGCUGAGAAAGUCUUGCAGAACUAUAAUGGUACUAUGAUGCCAAAUACAGAUCAGGCUUUUCGUCUGAAUUGGGCUUCAUUCAGCGCUGGUGGCGGUGAGAGACGUUCUUCUGAUGCUACUUCUGAUCUCUCUAUAUUUGUGGGGGACUUGGCCAUAGAUGUUACUGAUGCUAUGCUGCAAGAGGUGUUUGCUAGCAGAUACUCAUCUAUUAAGGGAGCAAAAGUUGUCAUUGAUUCUAAUUCUGGCCGUUCAAAAGGCUAUGGUUUUGUUAGGUUUGGUGAUGAAAAUGAGAGGACAAGGGCAAUGACUGAAAUGAAUGGUGUUUAUUGUUCUAGCAGGGCGAUGCGAAUAGGUGUUGCAACACCCAAAAAAACUUAUGGAAAUCCCCAACAAUAUGCCUCACAAGCUGUGGUGUUGGCUGGUGGACACUCAUCUAAUGGUGCUGUGGCCCAAGGUUCCCAAUCUGAAGGGGAUUCUAACAACACAACUAUAUUUGUUGGAGGGCUUGAUUCUGACAUCAGUGAUGAGGAUCUCAGACAACCAUUUUUGCAAUUUGGUGAUGUUGUCUCUGUGAAGAUUCCAGUCGGUAAAGGAUGUGGUUUUGUUCAACUUGCUGACAGAAAGAAUGCUGAGGACGCAAUUCAAGCAUUGAACGGAACAAUGAUUGGGAAGCAGACAGUGCGCCUUUCUUGGGGUCGCAGUCCAGGAAAUAAGCAUUGGAGGAAUGAUUCUAAUGGGAAUCAUUACGGUGGCGGUCAGGGUUAUGGAGGCCAUGGAUAUGGAGGUCAUGGAUUUGCUGCUAGACAGAAUCAGGAUAUAGCUAUGCAACCUGCUGCUGCAAUUCAAGGUGCUUCCUAACGGUCAUAGCAGAACUGGUAUUGAAAUAGGAUGGAUUUUAUUGCUCUCUUAAGUGAACUGUAGUAUUAUUUUUAAAUUUGUAGCUGGGUUAUAUGGUACUCCAAGGUUCUUAAAGAUUAUAUUAAAAGCUAUGAAGUUUUGGAUUGAACUCGACCAUAUAAUAUAUGGCUCGAGGUAUUUUUGGUUAUUUAAUCGUUAGUAGGCAGCCAAGAUUAUUUUUAUUAUCAUCUUUACACAUAACAGUGUAGAAGCUUGCAAAAAUUUGAAAUUGAGUGUAAAGAUUGAACAAUAUAGAAAUAUUUAUUUCAUGUUUGAUCUUAAAAAUUAAUCGACGGAAAAUUGAGUUUA